AUGUUGAUCAAUAGACCGGAAAUGGACGAUGAUGGCAACCCACUGUUCGUCAAAACCCACCUGCUGGAACGAGCAAUACUCGACAGACUGGAAUUACUAAAGGAUCAAGCCGCUAAUCGCGAGAGUACGAUAGAAGGCGACCUCGUCACCGUUGACGAAGACGCGCAGGUGGGUAACAAGAGGAGCACAGAAACCAGUCUUGAAGAACCGGGAGAUGACAACCAAGAUGGCGCGGAGGCGAGGAAUGCGGCAGAAAGAAAGGACCCCGAAGGAGAACAUGUGAUUCGGCAUGAAGAGCAAGGAAACGACGACGAAGACAACGUUGAAGUGAGGAUUGAGGGGACCACUAUUCCGACUCGUACACAGUGUACAUUUCCACGGAAGAACGAUGGGGAAUCGUUGAUCGAGAAAAGUUAUGCCCUACGUGCCACUACUACACCUGUUUCAGAGGCCAACUAUGGCGGAAACGUCAGACGAGGUGCUUUUAUUGCAACCAGACCGAGCACCAUUCGGCGCUAUGUACCCUUCCGGAAAGAAGUGCACGUAUUGACGACGAGCUGGAAUUAUUACAGCGACGUCACGAUAACGCCCAAGACCGCAUCUACAGACUGCUAUAUAGACUCGAUGCAAUCAGAAGAAGAAGACCGUCCAGAUGUGCUCUUUUUCGGAAUGUCGGUGAAAACACCAUACAGAAGUGCCUUGGCAGCAGGCUAUGGACUGAGCUCGUGUGACUGUCACUCCCCAAUAUGA